AUGAUUGUCGUGCCAACCGAGUUGUAUCGGACCCGGACAUUUCGCCGCCACCGUUUCGCCGCCGGACAUUUCGCCGCCACCGAUUCGCCGCCGGACGUUUCGCCGCCGACCGAUUCGCCGCCGGACGUUUCGCCGCCGGACAUUUCGCCACCACCGUUUCGCCGCCGGACAUUUCGCCGCCACCGUUUCGCCGCCACCGAUUCGCCGCCACCGUUUCGCCGCCAGACCAAAAUUCCGACCAACCCUUCGAAUUUUGAAAAUAUAUUCACAUUUUGUUUAUUAUAG